AUGCCUCCAAAACAAUAAAAAACCAAAAAAAAUAAAAAAGCUGUUGAUUUGCCAGAAAAUGAUAAAGAUAAAGAAGAAAUACUCGAGAAUAUUAAGAUUACAGAAUAAAAUGAUGAAUUAAAAUCUGAAAUAGAUAGCUUGGAUUAAUUUAAAUUUUAAAAAGAAGAAGUGAACAAUCCCAUUAAAAAAACAAGAAAGCAAAAAUUAUAAAUAGAAUAUGAAUAAAGUGUUAAUAAAGUUGAAAGAGCUUCCAGAAAAAAAUUAUUAGAUAAAAACAUUGAUGAAGAUGAUAAAAAUUAAAAAUAGCAAACAAAUAAUUAAUUAGACAAUUAAAAUGGCAAUGAAGAGAAAAGUGAAUAAGUAAAAAAUUAAUCUGAAGAAAAUAAUAAUUAGAAUGAAUAAAAGAAAAAGGGAAAGUAUAAUUGUAGAGAAAAUUAUGAAGAAAUUUACAGUUUAAUAAAAGGAUAUAGAGAUACUCAUACAGCUCCAGUAGAUACUUUAGGAUGUGAUCUCUAAGGGGAUGAAUCUUUACCAACAAAUGAUAGAAAUUUUUAAAAAUUAAUGGCAAUUAUAUUGAGUGUAUAGACAAAAGAUGAAACAACUGACCUAGUAAUGAAGAAAGUAGUAAAAGAGAAAAUAACUAUUGAUAAAGCCGUUGAAAUUCCAUCGAGCGAAUUAAAAGAAAUAAUUAAAUAAGUUAACUUUAAUGGAAAAAAAGUAGAAUAUAUUAAGAACGCAGCAGAAGUUAUAAAAAAUACAUAUAACUAUGUUAUACCUGAUUAGUAUGAAGAUUUAAUUAAAAUCAAGGGAAUAGGUCCAAAAGUUGCAAAUUUAUUUUUGUAAUGUGCAUAUAAUAAAACUGUAGGAAUAGCUGUAGACACGCAUGUUCAUAGAAUAUCUAAUAGGCUUGAAUGGGUUUCAACAAAAACUCCUGAAUAAACUCGAAUUGAAUUAGAAAAAUUGCUUGAUAAAAAGUAUUGGGAAGAUGUAAACAAUCUGUUAGUUGGAUAUGGUUAAUCAGUUUGUAAGCCUUAAAAUCCCUAGUGCUAAAUAUGUCCUGUAAAAGAUAAGUGUCCUGAGGGUAGAAGAAGAUUAAAAGGAAAGAAAAAAAUAUGA